UGUGCUCAGUCCUGCUGUGUCCCGUUGGAGGACAGUCUGUAAACUCGGGAGUGGAAGCGCUGCCUUGUGAAAAACUCCCAGGAUUUACACUCUGCCAUUUUGAACAAAACCGGCCGACAUCGGAGUUCAGACGUGUCCGUCACACAGCAGUCAUGACCUGAAUUAAAGGGCCACUACUGAAAUUUUUAAGUCCUUGGAUUCAGUGGACGAAUAAUCCAGGAGCUGUUGUUUUAAACUCUUCAGCCAUGUGUUCCACGAAGCAUUCCAACUGGGUCACGUUCGAUGACGACAGUACGCCGCUCCCAUCGCCUCAGAAGCCCUUGCAAUCACCAGGUCUUAUCAAAGCAUCAGUGCCACGUCCCAAUGGGCUGAAGUUAGUGCUUCCUCCUCUCAAAGAUACUACAUUGGGCUUCAGUGGUGCCCUGGAGUCCCCUCAGACAAGUUCUAGUGGAAAAUCAUGUCAACCACGUAACACACCCUCUUCCACUCUUGUUAGCCGUGUUCCUAACAGUGCAUCUCCAUAUCACUCCAAAUCGUGGGACAAAAAUGUCUUCUUUCGGAGUCUCUCCAGCCCGUCAGGCUUCUCCGUUUCCUCUCCUGCUCCUGUGAGUCCCAUCUCAGAUGGACCAAGCCCUUUCCCUUCUUUCCAGGGAAACUCAGGACAUUAUAACCCCUUUUGGGAUGAUUCUUCACACAGCACAGAUGUGGGCAGCUCCUCCUCAGACUCAGACACAGACAACAGCCUACCACGCUUCUUUAUUCGGACCAAAGAUGGUAGCGAGCCUCCACGUGACCAAUUCCAAAACUCUUUCUCCUUUGUUUGCAACAAACUAGGAGACCUACAAGCAGGGUUAGACCACGACGCAGAGACACAGAACAAUGGGGACAAGCAACUAAGUGGCAGACAUGAGGUGUUAAGUGAGGGGUCAUCUCAGUUUGUUCCUCGGGGCCUUUUUCGUAGCCAGAAGAGGGACGGCUGGCCUGUCAUGCUCAGGAUUCCUGAAAAAAAGAACCGCAUGUCCUCCAGACAGUGGGGGCCCAUCUAUCUCUGCUUGUUGCCAGGAGGUGUCCUGCAGAUGUAUUAUGAGAAAGGACUGGAGAAGCCUUUCAAGGAGUUUCAGCUUCUCCCUCAGUGUAGGCUCUCCAAUCUCAAAGUGGAAAGCUACACCGAGCCCCGAAAAGUCCUCACAGUCAAGGUGGAACAUUUCUCCUACACAGAAAAGAAACGCUAUCACCCAAAGCUGGAGGUUAGUCAUGAAGCAGAGGUAGAGCAGCUGCUCAAGUUUGGCUCUACGGUGCAUGAUGACAUGGAGGAUCUGGUUGUCUCCAUGGAGGAGGAGAUCUUCAAACUGCCUGUGCCCCACCAGCAGAGGCGGCACCACGAGGAGCAGGAACUGUCAUUGCAGAUCACCGACCACAUCUGGAUGCAGCUGGAUAAGUCAGGGGGAGUCAUAGAGCGGACAGCCUUCACCCAGAUUCACUGUCUUGCUUUUCUGAACGGGCAAGGGGACUGUUUUUUAGCCCUCAACGAUCUCGGAUUGCUGCACUUUGACUCCAGCUACGAGUCUGAGGAGGGCAGUGAACGCUGGAUGGAGAUUGCCGACUGCCAUUUUCACAAGUGUGUGAAUGAGACAGAGUUUCAGAGAUCCCGACUCAUUAAGUUCUCUCCUCCUGAUGCAUGCAGGGUGGAGCUGAUGCGGUACAAAACCACAGUCUUGGGUUGCACAGAAAUCCCCUUUUCAAUCAAAGCUGUGGUUACGGUUCAAGGUGCCUACGUGGAGCUCCAGGCCUUCCUCAACAUGUCUGCCACCUUCCUGUCGCCGCUCAGGGUGUCUGACACACACUACCCAGUGUGUGAGAAUGUAGUGAUCCGUGUGCCAGUCCCAGGCGACUGGGUCAAAGUCACACAGACUGUGGCUUUACUGCGGCAGAGGUCACUGAAGGCCAGGAUGAACAGAAAUGCCUGCCUGGGCUCCUUUAACGCUGCAGAUUCACAGCCUGUGAUGCAGGUGUCGAUAGGCUCCGUCAAGUACGAGAAUGUAUACUCUGCCAUCAUGUGGAGGAUUGAUAGACUGCCUGCCAAGAAUAUGGCGGUGGAUCACCCCCAUUCGUUCUCCUGCAAACUGGAGCUGGGAUCCGAUCAGGAGAUCCCGAAGGACUGGUACCCUUUCGUCACAAUGGAAUGUGAAAUUAUGGGCGCAGUUGUGUCGCAGACCAGGGUGAAGUCUCUUGGCACUGUGAACGACAUCCAGCCGCAGAAACAUGUGACCAGCUGGACACGCUAUCAUUGUCAGGUGGAAGUGGAGAAGAAAUGGAUCGAGACAGAAUCAGAGAGGCAGUCUGGUUGCAUGACACAGUGACUUCUAAACAAACUCUUGUAGAGGACUUGAGCCCUUUGGUUUGAAAUAUUGCCCAAAAUCUUAUUAAAGUUAGAAAGGGAGGAGAAAAAAAAUGAAUGAAAUAAGAGUGAUGAGAGACUUUUUGCUAUUACUCACUGUCAAAUUCAUCUAAGUAAACAUAACCUGUUAGUAUUUUUCAUGGAGGUUAACAAAAAUUUGUAUCCUUAAACUGAGACUGAAUAGCUUUAGAUCUAAUUAACAGUUUAACUCUGUCCUUUUGCUAGCACUUUACAGUUAAUAGAUUUAUUACUUGUAAGAUUCCACUUUAUACUACUGUGUAUAUAAGCUUGCGUCAUCUGCACUGUCCUCCAGAAUAAUAGUCAGCCUGAAUAAAAGCAUGCCAAAUUU